AUGAAAGGAGCAUCUCUUGGUCAUCAAUAUUUAAAUAUAAAAUCAUUUAACGAAAACAAUGUUUAUUUCCGUUCUGAAAAAAUUCGCAGUGAUGGAAAAUAUGAACGAACACAUUCACAACAACAGUCAACUACUAGUUCAAUAGGUCUAUCAAUUUCAGCUUCUGAUCCACUUUCACAUCGAUCGACUACAAUUCAGAAACAAUCUGAAUCAACUGUACCAUCAGUAGCUAUUAUCAAACGAAGUUAUAGUGAUUCAAAUGAUCUUUGUGUUAUUAAUAACCAUCAGCCAUCGAUUGGUUCUCAGUUUCGGCAUAAUGAUAGAAAUUAUAAACCAUAUUCGUUGAAAUCUCUUAUGAGUAAAAGGCACGGUGAGUGAAAACGAGAUGAAGACGAAAAAUUAAGUAGUCGUGUUCGACAUUUUUAUAAAAAACAAGAUGCCCUUAUUGAUUCACUUAAAGAACUUAAUGAACAAACAUCAUCUCGAUCUAAAAAAGAAGAUGAACAUUUAAACAAACAAAAACGACAAACCGAUUGGCUUAUUAAAGCGACAUUAAUUUUUAAUGUGAUAUUGUUAAUAGCUAAAAUAAUAGCUGCUGUCUAUUCUCGUUCUCUUUCAAUCAUUUCAUCAGUUAUUGAUUCUGCUGUUGAUUCAGCUUCAGCAUGUUUACUUUAUUGGGUUCUUCAUGUAAUAAAACGCCGUGAUCCUUAUACUUAUCCAGGAGGUCGUACUCGUCUCGAACCACUUGUCAUUGUAAUUCUAUCAGUUAUUAUGGUCUCAGCAUCGGUUCAAGUUAUUUAUGAAUCAAUUCAAUCAUUAAUAAAUUAUGUGAAUUAUUUUACAAAAAAGUCAACAGCUUUACGUUACAUUGCCAUGGGACCAGCACCAAUCACGGUCAUGUGUGUUACAAUUGUUAGUAAAACGAUUCUAUCAUUUCUUUGUUAUCAAAUAGCAAAUCCAACAAUGUAUGCUGUUGCACAAGAUCAUCGAAAUGAUGUUUUUUCAAAUAUAGUCGCACUCGCAUGUGGCAUUAUUGCUUCUAAAGCUCUUGAUGGUUCAAUAAAAGCCCAAGAAGUUGUUGUCAUUGAUCCAAUAGGUGCUAUUCUUAUAUCACUUUAUAUAAUAUUUUGUUGGUUAGGACAACUUCGUGAACAAGUACGAAAUUUAAGUGGUUAUAAAGCUUCACCUGAAUUUUUACAAAAAAUUACAUGGCUUACAUUACAACAUUCACCAUUCAUACAAAAAAUUGAUACUGUUCGUGCAUUUCAUUUUGGUACAUCAUUUUUAGUUGAAGUUGAAGUUAUUUUAUCUGAAACAAUGUCCCUGAAACAAGCACAUGAUAUUGGCGACGAAUUAAAAAAUAAAUUAGAAAAUAUACCUGAAGUUGAAAGAGCUUUUGUUCAUUUGGAUUAUGUUGUUGACGCUCUUGAAUAUUAA